AUGCUGCAUGAGGAAGAUGACCCACUUUCAAGCUCAAUGUUUAACAUUAAUACUUCACAUUCAAUAUUAGGAAAUACAUUAGCAACUUCCUCCAUGUUCUCUUAUGAAGAAGAUCCUUGGGGAAAUCAUUCAACUCCAUCCGCAACAACAGAUAUCAAUAGAUCUUCAACUACGCCUAAUCUUACUAAUAUUGACAUGUCUUCUAAAUCAAAUUAUAAUUCAACAACAAUUUUAUGGAAAAUUGCAGCUAGUCAGAUUGAAAUGAUUAUGCAAAUUGUGGUACCUAAUGGCGCGUCUUAUGUAACUCAGUCUGAAUUUAAUACGGCUAUUGCUUUACUUGCCUGUGCACAGAAUAAUAUAGAUAUCUCACUUGAAAGCCUUUACAGAAAUAAAAAUUAUUUACCACAACCUAUCAUACAUAGCCAUAAUGAUAAUCAAUCACUUUUAUUAAACGCUUCUUUAGAAGAAGCAGAAGAAGUAGAAGAAAGUACUGCUGUUCCACAAGAACCUUCAACAACAAAAUCAAAUCAACAGUCAAAAUCAACAAUGGCAGCUUAUCCUGGUAUGAAAUCACCCAAGGACUCAACAUCAUCUAUUACUUCAUCAUCCAGGUAUGAGCGUGAUACUAUCACUUCUAGUUCAGUUAUAUCUACAACAAAUAAUCAUGCAUUAGAUACAAGUCAUUGGUUUGAAAAUUUAGAAGAAAUAGCAGUAACAAUUGCACCUGAAAGAGAAGGAUUUAUUUUUAAGCAUGUCAAUUAUAUUAUCACAAACGAAAAGCGCUCAUCUAUUGUUUUAAGAAGAUAUAGUGAUUUUUGGUGGUUGAUGGAAGUUUUACUCUGUCGGUAUCCAUUUCGUAUUAUACCCAACUUACCACCAAAAAAAUUAGGAGGAAGAGACACUGCUUUCUUAGAAAAGAGACGUAAAGGAUUAUCAAGGUUUAUUAAUGCUAUCGUUCGUCAUCCUGUACUACGCCAUGAUGAAAUUGUGGAGCGAUUUUUAACAGAACCUUCAGAAUUAUUAGCAUGGCGUAAACAAAAUCCACCGAAUCUAGAUGAAGAAUAUAAACGAAAAUCACAUCUUAUUAAUGAAUUGGAAAAUAUAACACCAACAAAUUUAGAAGAACAGCUUCAAAAGGCUCGUAAGAGAGUUACGGCUGGUAUUCAUCAUUAUGUUAAUUUAUGCUUUAUUAUGGAGAGGAUGAUACGGCGUAUGCAUGGUCAAGCAACUGAUUUUUCUCGUUAUUCAAUUGCUUUAAAUUCACUCGCAGAGGCUGAAAUAAGAUAUCAUGCUGGUGAAUGUAGAAAUUGUCAACGUGUAGUAAGAGGAUAUGAAACAGUAGCAAAACAUAUGCAAGUUGAAAGUAGUUUAUUAGAAGAUCAAGUAAAUCAUGCUACAGAUGGUGUAUUGGAAAAUUUAAAACGUUUUAGAGAUUUAUUAGUGUCAUUUAGGGAUUUAGAUGAACGUCGAAAUAAAUUAUCUAUAAACCAAACCGAUGUUAUUACAAAAAGGAUUCAAACAAAUCGUACAAAAGUACAUCAAAAUAAAGGAGUACCUGGUUUAGAAGCAGAAGUAGGAAAAUUAGAAGAAUCAAUUCGAACAGAUGAACUGGAAUUAGCUGAUAUACAAAACCGAGAAAUAUUUAUUCGAUAUUGUAUCUGGUCUGAAUUGACUUAUCUUCACAAGCAACAAGCAUUUAUAUCAUCUUUAUAUCAAAGUUAUGUUAAGGAUGCUGUUCAUUUUUCUAAACAAUGUGCAAAUAAUUGGCAAAUACUUGAAGAACCUACAUUUGAAAUGCCUGCUAAUGUUGAAUUAUUUGAAUAA